AUGUCCGAGCCAGGUAAAGAGUCGAUUCCCACAAGCGCAGAUCCGCGGAGCAAGCGACCGACGAAGCGCCGACAACUCACCCCGGUCUCGGAACAAGCGAACCAGAUCAACGUGCUCUUCAAAGACCCCUCCAAGGAGAUUCGCCUGCCCCCAAUAUCCAAACCGCGAACGCUAGAUUCUCUCGCGUCUCCUCCGGAGAUCGUCGCCAAUGUGCAGGGUUCGUCCGCCGGUGCGGGCUCGGGCGAGUUCCACGUCUACAAGGCCAGUCGGCGGCGAGAAUACGAGCGCUUGCGUCUGAUGGACGAGGAAUCGAAGCGGGAAAAAUCGAAUGAAGAAUUUGAGAAGAAACGAGCAGAGACACAACGAAAGGACGAAGAGAAGACGAAUAAGAAUAGGAGGAAACGCGAAAAGCGCAAGGCGGCAGCGGCGAAGAAUAAGUCUACGGCUAUGGACGUGGAAGGCGACGGCAAUAAGGAUAAAAAUGGCGAAGAUGGGGAGGGUGCGAGGAAGAACAAGGCUCCUCCUCUAGCUCCUCUUUCUCCGCGUCAAAGGGAUAAUAAUAAUACUGGAGCGGAUCUCGAGAAUGGGGGAGAACAACAGAGCCAUGAAGAACAAGGAGUGAUAAUCCAUGAUGACGAUUGA